UGGCGUAUUGUUGUGUACCGGGAUGUCGAUUGUUUAGCCGUCAAAAUAAAGAGAAUACAUCAUUUCACAAAUUUCCACAGGACAAAGAACUUCAGAAAACGUGGAUUGUUAAAAUUCGACGGGACAUAGGACCUAACUUUCAGAUUACAAAGAACACAAGAGUGUGCUCGAAACAUUUCUUUCCGGAAUGUUUUUCAAGAACAUUGACUGGAAUCAGGAAGCUAAAGGAAGGUUCAAUUCCGUCAGUGUUUACCUGGACUCAACGGCCUUACAAAAGGAAAACCUUGCGAUCACAAUGUCAUUUAGAGGAAGAACAUGAGGAAGAUGAAAGUUCUACAAAGGAUGGACCAAGCAACGAAGAAUGUCAUGUCACAGAGAUGCCAAACACCGAUCAUGACUACUGUGUGGAGCCCAUGACUACUGAGGAGCAGCUUGUGGCUGCACGGGAGGAAAUUUCUCGUCUGUCUGCGGAAAAUGAGGCACUCAAAAGUCAUCAGUUUGGCAUUCAGAAUUUUAUGAGUAAUCCAAAACUCAUCCAGUUUUACACUGGGUUCCCUGAUUUUGACACUUUAAGAGCCGUUUUCUUGGCUCUACAGCCCACAGCACAGAGCAUGGCCUCAUGGGCUCAAGUGCAAAGAAUUAGUGCAACCAACCAACACACACUGAGGGUUGGAUUCCAGGCACAACAUCUUUCCCUGUUUAAUCAGUUUUUCAUGUUUCUUUGCCGGAUUAGACUGGGCCUUCUUGAACAAGACCUUGCUCUGCGUUUCAAUAUUUCACAAAGUACAGUCAGUCGAAUCUGUGUUACCUGGGCAAAUUAUUUGUACUUCAUGCUGGGGAGUCUGCCUAUAUGGCCAAGUAGAGCUGCAGUUGAUGAACUUAUGCCAGAGUAUUUUAAAGCUCUCUACCCCAAAACCAGAGUCAUCCUGGAUUGUACUGAAGUCCGAGUCCAAACUGCCAGCUCCAAGGUACUGAACUCUGAGACUUACUCACACUACAAAGGCACAACUACACUAAAAUCUCUGGUUGGAAUUUCCCCGGAUGGGAGCAUGACUUUUGUGAGCAGUCUUUACACAGGAAGCAUCUCUGAUAAAGAGAUCACAAAGUCAUCUGUCAUUUUGAAUCUUCUGGAAGAGGGCGAUGCUGUGAUGGCAGACAAAGGCUUUUUAAUCAAAGAUCUACUUGACGAAAUUCAUGCCACAGUAGUAAUCCCACCUUUUCUCUGCCCAAUUGGGACAGUUCAGCCAUGA